AUGGCAGUGGCUGCAGCACGACCCUUCAACCCUAACGACUACCCUGUUGUCAUCGGUAUCGAUUUUGGUACAACAUUUUCCGGCUGCUCGUAUGCAUUCAUCCAGAACGACGAAGUGGUCGACAUUGUCAGAUGGCCCAAGCAAAACAACAAUGUCUAUCCAAAGACACCCACGCUCAAUUUCUAUCAUGGCAACUCGAGUCAAAUGACACAGUGGGGAAACGCAGCUCGGCUCGAGAUGCAGCGACCAACUGCUCGUAAUUCUGUGCUAUUGAAGCAAUACAAGUUGUAUCUCGAUGAGAAUAUCGCCAAGGAUCUCCCUCCAUUACCCAAUGGUCUUACGAUUGUUGAUGCUAUUGCCGACUAUCUUGGUUCUUUUCAUGAGCACGUGGUCAAUGAAUUGAAGAAAGGCUUUGCUAGAAAUUAUGGACAACAUCAAUUCCGAUACUGCUUGACAGUGCCUGCCAUGUGGUCUGAUAAGGCAAAGAGUACCAUGCGUGAAGCUGCUAUCAAGGCUGGACUUAUUACCGAGACCGACCAUCGUGAUCGAUUGAUGCUUAUCUCAGAACCUGAAGCUGCAGCAUUAUACUGUGAAAAGAAAUGUGAUCAAUUCAACCUCAGGCAUGGUGAUCGAUUCAUGAUUUGUGAUGCUGGAGGAGGCACUGUGGAUUUGAUUGUCUUUGAGAUUGAUGAACGUGCUGGUCGCAAAUUACGUGAAUGCACCAAAGGUCAUGGUCAAUCAUGUGGCUCAGUCUUUCUUGAUCGACGUAUGCGAAAGUUACUCAAGAAGAAGUUUAAGGAAUACUUGUCAUCCAUCCCAGCAUCAGCCUUUGAGACAAUGAUGGAUUCCUUUGUUGACUUGAUUAAGCCUCAAUUUGAUGGUGUUGAAGAUCAAUUCAUUUCUCUCCCAGCAGCCAUGAAUCUCGACUCCCUCAAUAACCCCACCAUUGGUCUCGAGGAUGGUAUGCUCUGUAUCACAGCCGCUGAACUCAAGCAGGAGGUGUUUGAACCUGUCAUUCGUGAAGUAUUAGCAUUGGUGGAGGAUCAAUUGAUCAAGGCACAUAGUCUGCAAGCAGUAUUCUUGGUGGGUGGUUUCGGAUCUUCCAAUUACCUCUUUGAACGCGUCCAAGAAGAAUUUGCUGCUCGUGUGGGUUUGGUGGCUGUUCCUCCUCGUUGUGAGCUGGCUGUGGUGCGUGGUGCAGUGUACUUUGGCUUAAAUCCCAAUGUCGUUACGACUCGUAUCCCUCGUUAUUGGUAUGGCAUUGAUACAACCACUACAUUCGAGGAAGGCAUCGACCCUCCGAGCUACAAGAUUAUCCGUGCUGAUGGCAGCGUCCGAUGUGAUAACCGCUUUUCAGUAUAUGUACGACGUGGAGAAGCAUUAGACAUUGAUAAUUGCGUCUCCAAGGACUUUUUCGCCUAUUACCCUCAUCAUACGACCUGCACAUUGUAUGCAGCUGAUACAGAAGAACAACCUCGAUACACAACCAGUCCAGGUGUGAGGAAGGUGGCCAACUUUACUAUUCCUAUGCCAACAUUGCCAGGUGUUAUGGAAGGAGAAAAAGUGGAUCUCUCAAUCAAAAUGUAUUUUGGUGAAGUGGAAUUGCGAGUAGAAGCUGUUAUUCGAGGAAAGACUUAUGGUACAACCUGCACAUUCGAUACGGACUAG